GUCUAUAAAUAUAUAUGGAUUAUUGGAGCUAGUUCUAAAUCACCCAUGUUUUAUGGGAGCAAAGAAUGGCCUUUUUGGACAAUCCCUUGAUUAUCUUGGCCCAUAUUCGUCAAUCCCAUGUUACAAGCGAUGACACUGGCAUGUGCGAAAUGGUUCUCAUUGACCAUGAUGUGGAUUUGGAAAAGCUGUACCCAACUUCAUUUUCUGGGGAGACCGCUGCAUCGCAGGGGAAUGGAGAGACUCAGGGUUAUGUCUACUCCCAAUCUGUAGAUAUCACAUCUAGUUGGGAUUUUGGAAUAAGGAGGAGAUCAAAUACAGCUCAGAAACUGGAACGUUUGCGGAAAGAAAGGCAGAAUCAGAUAAAGUGUAAAAAUGUGCAGUGGAAGGAUCGCAACACAAGCUAUUCUGUUGAUGAAUUGAGCUCACUGUUUGAAAAGAAGAACUUCAAGGAGAAAGUGUCAAAUUCAGGAAAGCAGUCCAUUCUUUCUGUGCGUCUGGAACAGUGCCCCCUACAGCUAAACAACCCUUUUAACGAGUACUCCAAAUUUGAUGGCAAGGGUCAUGUGGGCACCACUGCAACCAAGAAAAUUGAUGUAUACCUCUCCAUGCAGACCAGCCAAGACAAGAUGCUACCAAUGACCGUAGUUACCAUUGCCAAUGCCAAAGUCCACGACCUUAUUGGACUCAUCUGCUGGCAGUACACAACGGAGGGCAGAGAACCAAAACUCAAUGAUAAUGUGGAUUCAUUCUGCCUUCAUAUCGCUGAGGAUGAUGGAGAAGUUGACACAGAUUUCCCCCCUUUGGAUUCCAAUGAGCCAAUACACAAGUUUGGUUUCAGUACACUUGCUCUGGUGGAGAAGUACUCUUCCCCAGGAUUGGCGGCAAAGCAGUCUCUCUUUGUCAGGAUAAAUGCUGCACAUGGCUUCUCUUUGAUACAAGUGGACAGCACGAAUGUGACUAUGCGAGAGAUCCUGGAGAAAGCUCUGAAACGGAGAAAGGGAUCUCAGAGAAACUCAGGUCCUCAGUAUAGACUGGAGAAGCAGAACCAGCCUAAUAUUCCUGUGGAUUUGGACAGCACGUUGGAUAGUCAAAGUUCCCUGGAGUUUUGCCUGGUGCGAGAGAACAGUUCAAGAGGAGAAGAGCCACAAGAGGAGGAGACACAAAUAGAUAUUGCCACAGUACAAGACAUGCUCAGCAGCCACCACUACAAGUCAUUCAAAGUCAGCAUGAUCCACCGGUUGAGGUUCACUACUGAUGUCCAGCUGGGUAUCUCUGGGGAGAAAGUAGAAAUUGACCCAGUGACUAAUCAGAAAGCCAGCACCAAGUUCUGGAUCAAACAGAAGCCAAUUUCCAUUGACUCAGAUUUGCUUUGUGGAUGCGACCUUGCAGAAGAGAAAAGUCCUAGCCACGCUAUGUUCAAACUGACUUACCUGAGUAACCACGAUUACAAACACCUGUACUUUGAAUCUGAUGCAGCCACAGUUAACGAAAUUGUAUUAAAGGUUAACUACAUCCUGGAGUCACGUGCUAGCACAGCACGAGCAGAUUAUUUUGCACAAAAACAAAGGAAAUUGACCAGAAGAACCAGCUUCAGCUUCCAGAAAGAGAAGAAGGCAGGUUAGGAGUAAGGAUAAGCUCCGCACUGGGGUGCGGUAGGAUUCCAGAGAUCUACGGCAAGCAAGCCACAGACGUCUUCUGUCCUCUUCUUAUGGACACGUGCAAGGUUCACUUAGGAAUAUGAUUGUGGGGUGGAUGAGACAGUCACCCCAAGCUAACUUUUUCCCUUUACCAUACAGAGGAUUUAAACCCUAAACUUCCCAUUGCUUUCCCCACUAGCUGUCCCGCAGGUAUGAUCAGUGGAUGGCGCUAUGUUCACCACCUCAACAGGGUCAGUUUUUGAAUUUUUUUUCUUGAAAGUUGUGGACAUGCUGGAAUGUGACUUAUGAAAUCUUCACUUUUGGCUGUGUUAAAUGCAACAGAUAUGGGUUGCGUGAUUUUGUGUAAGAAUUUGGGAUGUUACAGAAGUGGAUUUCUAAAAUAAAGACUUUUGAGA